GGAAAGCGGAAGUUUGAAAACGAAACUUGUGUCUUCAGGUGUAAACACCCACAUUCGCUAGGCUCGUCACACCAAGAUUAAGCCAAUGUCGCACGUAAGCCGAGAAUCUGGAUAUGUGGACAACUGGCAGUCAGGGAAGACUGUCACUGAGUGUAAUCUGCGCAUGCUCGACACUGAAGACGUCAGUGACGUCACCUUCCGGGUGGGGUCAGAGAAACAGGUGGUCCGAGCUCACCGCUACGUUCUUGUCAGUCGCAGCUGUGUCUUCCAUGCUAUGUUUUGUGGCCCCCUGGCGGAGACAGGGGAGGUAACCAUCCCUGACAUUGAAGCAGACGUCUUUAAUGAGUUCUUGAGGUAUGUGUACACAGACAAGACAACCAUCAACGCUGACACUGUCACCGGGUUAAUGUACACAUCAAGGAAGUAUUCUGUAGAUGCAUUGUACGAUCUGUGUCUAACGUUCCUGGAGACGUCCCUGUCAGAGGACAACGUCUGUCAGAUCCUGGAGCAGUGUCAUGGUUACGGGGAGAUGGACCUGGAACAGAAGGCCCUGAAGAUCCUGACAGAAGGAGGGGAGAGAGUCAUCAAGUCUCCAGGGUUUAUCAAUCUGUGUUCUGAUUGUCUGAGGAUGUUUUUGAAGUCUGACAAUAGAAAAGCGAAAGAGGAAGAAGUUUUCGAGGCAACACUGUCUUGGGCUAAAGAAUGUUGUAAGAUGAACAGUGUCUAUGACACGCCUGAGAAUAUACGACGAGUCCUGGGAGAGAUGAGGUAUGAGAUCCGGUUUACAGCCUUCACCUUGGAGUAUCUUGUGAAGGUGGUAGGCCCAUCUGGGGUGCUGACAGACAGCGAGAGAGUACGAAUUAUGGACAAAAAAGUCGACACUGCAGUUAAUAUAUCUCCGUUCAAACAACCACAGGGUAAACAAAUCAAGAGGAAUUUGCUUAGAUAUGUCAACAGGUUAUGCAAAACAGAGUACAGUCUUAUCAAAGCAGGAAGACAGGCCAUCACGAUUAAUCUUAGUAAGAGUAUUGAUCUGCGUGGAUGUCAAGUGUAUGGCGGAUACGGUGGUGAUAUGUACAAACUGAGUGCCAGAGUGUUCGGCCUGAACUAUGUUCUGAUUGCCGAACCCCUGCUGAACACCAGGAUGAAACUUUCUGGCCAAGGGCAGCUGAACGAUAUUCUGUUUCCUGAAUCAGUUCUACUGACAGCAGGCAACACCUAUAACCUGUGUGUGGACAUGGUUGGACCUGACACUUACUACAGUUGCAGUGGAAUAAACAGUAUCACCGUCGAUGGAGUGAGAUUUUUGUUCAAAACGUCUUCAUACGCCAAUAGGGGGCAGAUUCCUGGGUUGAUAUUCCACCUCGAGUCAUAGACUGUUUCAGCAGC